AUCAUCGGAAAAAGAUUCCCAUUGUUCAACUCGCUCCCGACUUGAGGACAUUGACAUGAUUUUCAUAUUUUGCCUUUCAAUCAGCAAUGUCAGUGGAGUCGGUAUGGAUGGAUGGAGUGGAAUCAGUAUCGACUCGCGGAGCCAGGGGGUUUCAAAUAAAAACGUGGAAUACAAGCUCCAUUAUUAUUCGUGACUACAAAAAGAAAUCAAAGUGAAAACAUUGAUAUUGAUGUGGCAUUCAUUGAUACAAGGCUUGGCUACAGGCAGACGGGCACCGUGUUGCGAAUCUUCAUCGACAGACAAGACUCCAACCGACACGGAGGACAAGCGGUCAUCACGAAGGCCUCACAGCUCCGAGUCCAGGGUGUGACCCGCCUCUCGCCGAAGGCCAGCUGGGAAAGACGGUUGGGGAUUUCCCUUUCCCGAGCCAGAGAGCAGGCCAAAGCGGUUCUGGUAGAUCUGGCCAGGUGUCCUCCGCAGCCCCGACGCUGCCCUCCCGCCACUGAUGGGUGCACAAUGCAGUAAAACUGGAGGAUCAGCAGCAGGGGGAUCAAGUGGCUCGGCGUCCGCGUCGUCAACCCUCCUGCCGGCCUCCCGGGGGAUCCCGAAUGAGAUAUGAACGUGCCCCUCGUGCAAGAUAUGUUGACUGGAAGUCAUCAAAAUCUGUCGAGCGUCUGAAGCAAGAGGCUCGACUCGCACAAGUCGGGCCCCUGGCUCAAAUGGUCGGAGGACCAUCGAGAAAAGGCGGGGAGCCGCGCCCCACUCCUCAAAUAAUUCCACUUGCGGCCACAGUAAAUCGGGUGACGCACAAAAUAGAUGGAGAGAAAAAUAUCAACAUUUGAUUCAACUCAUUUGAUAAUGAAUGGAAGAACUAUUACUGAACUCUUGAUCACGUUUACGCUCUGUGGCCCAAAUAAAAUUCACAGACUCGAUACCCCAACCCCAUCCCUGGAUUAUAUUUGACUGUGUCUUAUACAUUAGGUUGUGCGUAUUUUAUAUGUUGUACACGCACGCUCGUGUUCUUAGUAAACAUCCUUGUGGAAGCUAACUCAAUGUUGACUAAUUAGGAGGAGCCGCUCCUGACAUCAUCAUGACCUUCGUCGGCUUCAUGCGCUUUGUUUUCAUAAGCAAAUGAAGAGCAAACGGGCGCAGAACACAUUUUUCGGAAGAAUUUGGAACAAUUUAUCGACAGAACUGCAAGUGACAAGGAAAGAAAGAAAGAAAGCAAGAAAGAAAGAAACGAGAAGAAUGAUUUGAACCUAAACCUUUUGUUGAAAACUCCAAUCCUGGCUUUGCGUGCCCUCCAACGCACACAAUGUGCUUCUAGUACCGAGUCUAUUACUCAUUACUUACACCUUUCUGCCCUACCAACCCGCUACUAUGUCCAAAUAAACAGCUCCACACCGACCGUCCAUCCUUAUUUAGCCAAGGUUGCCUUCUAAAUCAAAAGAUGUGUUUUCAAGUGUUACGACUCUCGUGGAGGCGCUUUUAUUGAGAAAGUCACCAGCCGCGACAGGAAGUGGUAGGGCGUCAGGCGGGAAGGAGGGGGAAGUGAGGGGCGGGAGCCGCCGGACUGAGUGACAGCCAAGGUAGCGACAGGUGAUCCGGAAGACCGGGACCGAUAGAGCGAGCGAGCGAGCGAAAGUCCUUCGGCCCAUUAAGACUGAUGAAAGUUUGCGCUCGCGGCGCUCCCAGGCAGCCAUGAGUUCGUCGGAGAGUCUCCGUCCGGCCCCCGGAGGCCGCAAGCCGUUAGGAAAACUGGCGGCCCGCCUGGAGGAGCUGAAGAGUCCGUGGCGGCAGGUCUCCUCCCUGGAGCUCAGCCACAACGAGGCCGCCCGCUUGGCCACGGACGCCCUACUCGAGCACGGCGAGCGCGAGUACCGCCGCGUCCUCACCGAGGAGAGGGAGCUGAGUUUCCUGUCCCAAGCAGAGAUUCGGUACAUCGCGCAGCACCGGGACCCGGACAACAACGGCUCCGCUGUCACCGGGAGCGGGAGCGGGAGCGCUGCGGGGUCCGGCCCGGCGGCGGACGAACCGCAGCACGGCGACGCCGCCGAAAGCGACGUGGCUGAUGACGUCGCGUCCGAGGUCACCUCCGGGACUUACUUCCCGACGAUGACCGAUGACGAGCCGCCGGUCCUGGAGCUGGGCUGGCCGGACGCCCCGCUCAGGUACGGGCCAUCGGAAACGCAGAUCUACUUUCAGAGGGACAAGACCGUCAACGUCAAAGACAGAAUACGCUCGCUCAUCAACAAAGCCAAGAAGGUGAUUGCGCUGGUUAUGGAUGAGUUCAGUGAUGUGGAUCUGCUGUGUGACCUCAUGGAAGCGUCCAGUAAACGCAAAGUUCCCGUCUACAUCCUCUUGGACCACAAAAACCUUCAACUCUUCACUGAUAUGUGCUCGUCUUUGGACGUCCAUAGCGUCAACAUGAGCAACAUGCGCAUACGUAGCGUGUGCGGGGACACGUACUGCGCCAAGAGCGGCAGGAAGUUCAGCGGCCAAGUCCUGGAAAAGUUUUUGAUCAUCGACUGUGAGGAGGUGAUUGCCGGGUCCUACAGCUUCACUUGGUUGUCAGCUCAGGUCCACAGCAACAUGAUGAUGCACUUCUCGGGUCGCAUCACGGAGAGCUUCGAUCGCGAGUUCCGCUGCUUGUACGCAGACUCUCAGAUCAUCGAGUGUUUCUACAAUGACGAGGACGAGGCUCUUCCAAAUUUUCCGCCGUACCAAGCGCCGCUGAUGCCGACCGGUUUCACGCCCGUCAUCAAGGCCAAUCUGCUUUCAGACAGGCAGCGGAGCGGUUCCGACAACUCCAGCAGCCAAUCCGGCAGUAGCUUGUCGAGCGUAAAGGCCGCACCCGGCCUGACCUCGAACCCGGUUUACAAGGUGACUCAAGGUCACGAUAAAGGCGACCUGCUCGGCCCUCACCAGUUCAGUCUGGAGCGGUGCGGCGCCGAGCGACGGACCCAGAACCUGGCGCCGCCACGUCCCUCGUCCAAUCACAGUCCGCUCUUGGAGCGCCGCACUCCGACCUACGGGCUGGAGCGCGCCAAGGGCAACCCGGCCGACGUCAUCUGGUCCCACCGGGUAGGACCGACCUCCAAGUUCCAAGCUCUGGGAUUGUAUGAGCACAAAAUGAACCUUUUCCACGCCACCACUCCGCCGCCUCGCAUUCACCGGAGCCGCACCCCGCCCCUGGUGAUUCCGGAAACCAAACUGGGCAUCAAGCACAGAAGCUCGUCCAAUCAGCUCCUCCACAAACUGUCGGACUGCUUCCUACCGCCAUCCGGGAAAGACCACUUGGCCAGGUCUGCCUCGCCUCACGGCACUAUCGCAGGGGGGGGACCCGACCUCUCCCGCGGUGAGCCCGAGAGCCAGCAGGCACCCCCGCCGCCGCCCCCCUUGGCACAGAUCGGCAAGCAGGACCAGACCGUCAAUCAGGACAAAAGCACCAGAGCGGAACAUACCGCCGAACAAGACCAAACGGUCAGGCAGGACCAGAUUACCAGGCAGGAUCAGAAGCGCAUGACGCUGGGCCACAGCAAACUGGAUCUGGUCAAUCAGUACAACAAGAUGAAGUCCAAGCAGGUUUACAGUCGUUUCGAGCUCAAGAACUCCCAAUGACCUCCCGGCGACUAAACCGAGCGUCCCUGAACGCCACAAAGAACUUUUGGUGAAAAUAUGCACUUGAUUCUUUUCAGAAGAGGUUAACCUAACCCACGGCUCUCGAUGAGACCCGUGCAAGGUUCCGGUUGCCUGGAGAUCAAGAGCUCUAAGUCAAGUCCUUGUGAGCUCAUAGGGCCCGAUUUACUAAAGGUUUGCGCCGUACAACCAACGGCCACAAACACGCUCGGAAGCUCUUCUAUAGGGUCCGACACUAACGGCGGCGCCGUUCCGGACCACCGUGUGUACCUUACAGACACUGACCUGAUCGGGACUGUACCGAUUUCAGAAAUAAAUUCGAUAAAAUCAGCACAUUUUUUCAAUUUAAAAAAAAAAAAAAAAAAACCUUCAAUCACAUCCACACUGCUUUCUGGUGUUCCGGUACUAUCGGAGACUGUUUGGUUCUACGGCUUGAUGCGGCCUUCAUCUGGGUCGCUAGCGCGGCUAAGUCCAGUACGCCACGGCGACACUCAAAGUCACGAAUGGAGCUGGCGAAUAAGGUUCACUUCUGAAAAGUAUUGUCAUCGCCGGGGUUCAGGAGGAGGAAUAUUUUUCGGGAGGUUGGAGCAGAAGCCUCGCGUAGUGCUAAGAUGUCGUGACGUGUACUCGUAAACGUCGGAAUGAAUGACUCGGGUGCUCCAGUAAGUGGACUUUGGACGAAGCGCGUGACAGCAAACGCACUCAACAGUCAGCAGCAAAUUCAUCGGAAAAGAAGAGAUGAGGAGAAAAGAAAAAAUAAUUCAGUCAGGCAAUAAGUAUACCCGCGCCUGCUCGGCGUCUUGUCACCGUGGGCAACUCUCGAGUGGAACAGAGUCCAACCCCUCUCAAGAGGAGUGGUACCCGAGCCCAAUUGGGGCGUAGAGACGACUCCAACGAUAUCUAGUUGGAACUUGUCCACCUCACGCUCCUUCCCUGCCAAAGAGGUGAUCCGUGACCCCGGAGCUAGUUUCUGUAGCCGAGGAUCGGAUCGCCAAGGUCACGUCGAAAUCCGAGUACCUCCAAUUAAAGUUCGGAUGUUCUAGCAAGCUUUUCCCGACGUUACUGCCAAUACUAACUUUUCAACAUAAGGUGUGCUUCCCCCCCCCCCCCCCUUUGAUUCCUGCUGUCUACAGAAAGGUCAGCAUUUCAAAAGAGAACAUGCCUUACCUCCAGAAACUAAGGUCAAAUAAAGAAAUGCUCCAAUACACCACAUAACGGAGUCAACACCUCAGUCGGUCGUCAAGAGGAGAAAAUACAGACGCGUGGCGUUGGGAGAGAUCUGGACAACCCUCCAAAAUGGAUUUUUGGAAAGAAAAAAGGUGUGGGAAUCGUUGGGAAAUUUCCAUGACAAUAUUAGU